AUGGCUACCAUAAUGGAAACCAAUAAACCAGAACAAUAUUUUAUUGGAUUUGAUAUUGAUGAUGAUGUAUUGAAAAUUAUUGAAAAUAAGAAAAAAUCAAUAAAAAUGGAACUAAAUAAAGAAACAGGUGAACCUAUGGAAGUAGAAGAGCUAUCCAUUGAUAAUAAAAAGAAACAGUCUACAUCAUGUAGUAUUUCAGAAUCAAUGAAUACAUCUUCAUCUACACCUGAAUACAUAUCUGAAGACUGCCAAGCUAUUCAAUCUAGUGCAUCACCAAAAGUUUCUUCUUCAAAACUUAAGGAAAUUUGUAUAAAUAACACGAUAAUUAAAAGACGGAAUUCUGAAAUUGUAACCCCUUUCGCAUCCAUGCAAUCAUCCAAUUACAUGGUUAAAGCAUUGGUACAUGUUUUUAAACAUUUGGAAACGCAUGAUCUGUUAUCAGCUUCUAGAGUAUGUACCACCUGGCAUACGGUUGCAAUGAAUAAAUACUUAUGGCAGAAUGUUAAUUUAAAGAAUUCUAUGGUCCAUGACUGGGAAAGGUUUGUUGACUCAAUCGCUCAACAAAGAACUGAUACAUUAGACACUAGACGUAUGUUGAUGCCCUCUAAAGUUGAAGAUUUCAAAUGUUUUUGGUUGCGAUUUUCAAAUUCAAUAAAAAGAGCAAAAAGGUUAAAAUUCAUUGAAUUGUAUGGAUGUCCUGUUCAUGUAGUUGAAGAUAUUAUUUACUCAUUACCUGAAAUUAAAGUACUUAAUGCUACUACAAUAAGAAAUCCAAAUUUCACUAAAGUGAAAAAAAAUCCCAAUGAUUUAAUGUACCUGAACUUGAAUCAUUUGGGACAAAUGACGAUGCUGACAGAGAUAAAACUCAAAGGAUUAUCUGGAAUAAAAUUGACUGCAUUGCCAUCAUUUGAAAAUUUAAGAAAUUUGAAUAGAUUUUCAUUAACCUCUAUUCAAGCAUUUCCAAAAGACAUCUAUAAGAGUUUGAAUACCAUUACUGAUAAUAUUGAGUUUUUUGAAAUUGGCGAUUGUGAAUGCUUGACAAAGGAUUUUGCCGUGUCACUAAAAAGAUUUGUCAAUUUGAAAACAUUGAGAUUAGAAAAUUGCUAUAAUAGAUGGCAUCAAUCUGCACGGGAUGUUUUUACUGUCAUUAGAGGUCUUGAAAAGCUCAAUGUUCUGGAAUUGGUAAACAUAGAAUUCAGUAUUUGUGUCGAAGAUGAAUUGAAAAAAUGUGAUGGUAUUAAAGCUUUACUGAUUAUUCCUGAUUAUGCGAGAAAUUCUGCAUUUACUAACUGCCACCUGAUUGACUGUCUAAAGGAACUCUCCAAGACAUUAACACACUUGGUUUGGGUAUUGACUUUUGAAUUACUCCAUCUUACAGACCUAUUUAAAACUGAACAUCGACCGAACCAGCAUCCUUAUGGUUCUAAUUUAGAAUUAUCCCUUACUAAUGAAACAACCUACAAUAUACCUAUACUCAGAACAAUAAAUCCCGAACAGCGACCAGGAGAUGAGGUACAUUAUUUUGAUAUACUUUCAGUUCCUGCUCUAGAGAAAUUCUGGUCAACGGCCUCAAAAAUCUAUGUAAAUGAAAGGCUCACCAAGAAUAGAAGAACAUUGUUUUCAAAAACCAGACUGGCUUGCAAGGAAAAAUGGUACAAAUAUGUUUGGGUUAAUAACGCGGAAAUACUGGUUAAAAAGGAUGAUGGUGAGAAAACUCUAAGAAUCAAGUCUGACAAGGAUAUAAAUAAGUUGUAA